GUCGAUUCGAGCUGUUGUUGCGAGUAUGCGCUCUUACUCGACAUGUAUUUCUUCUCCCUUACUUCCAACGAAGUAUCCACCACAUUCAAUAUAUCAGACUGCAGAACCUGCAACGCCGAAGACGAGCCAAGUCAAAAAGCUGGUUAUAUAAUAGUACACUCUGAACAUUCCCGAUCGUGCAUUCACACCCUUUCAACAUGACUGGCCACUCAGCACAGCAUCAUCCCAAUUCCAAAGCAAAGGGUGCUGCGGAAGCCAAGACCCAGCCUCAUCAUGGCAAAGACAAGACUGAGCAUAAGGACAAGCAACAUACCGAUAAGGAACAGGCCGCACACCAAGAAGUCAAGCCAAAGGACGUUGACAAGCUAGAAUCUAGUCACAAGGAAGAAAGUCAUAAGGCAGAAAAAGUGGUCAAAAAGGGGGACAGUAAGAAUGAGGGCCAUACCGUAGAAGAGCACAAGAAGACCGUCGGCACAGAGCACGAUCAGAAAGGAAAGGGUCACAAGCACGACGCCCACGAGCACAAAGAUGACACCAAAAAGCAUAAGGACAAGAACCACAAACAUGAGAGCAAGAAUGACACCGUCGACUCGGAGCAUAACGGCAAGGAGAAGCACUCCUCGAAACAUCAACCACAGAAAUCCGGGAAAGGUCAUGGCAAUGACCAUCAGGAAGCCAAGCAUCAAAAACACCAUAACCAUCACUGAGACAUUUGUGGACUUGGAAGGAGUUGUGGAAAGGCAGAGUGAAGGAGUUGCUUGGUUGGCGUUGUGGUCGAUUCGUAAUGGGAUUCUGCGCAAGAGCUUGAGUGUUGCACAAAAUGAUUAAAUAUACCCGACAGUUCAAGUGAAGCGGACCUUCUGAAGCCGAUAGUUGUCGCAGCUUGGCUUCAGACCCAGGAGCAUAAAAGACUCAAAUGCUAAGGGUCGAGUUCAUGAAUCAAAGGGCACAGCAUCCACACCACGAAGAGCUGAUCGAGCACACCAAUAUGUCUGGCACGUGUCCUUGGUGUUUGAAAUAUUCGGCAGCGCAGAAGUGUUUGAGCACUGAAGAUGAGCUUAGCGUGUUUCUGGCAAUUCGCUCCCCAGACUUGGAUAGACUUGGACCGACGUGACCCUCCCCUGUCCAACUUCAACGCAAUCAUUCGAGCAACCUUCGUUAUCUCCAUCUCUUAAUCGGCCCGGAUUCCAUGACUUCCCACUCCUCCGCCGGCGUAAAGCUGUGUAAGCCCAGGUGCAUGACGGGACGAAAACACCCUCGAGCUAAUGUAUCAGCUUCUCUUAUGCCGUUCAAGUUCCUUCUCAGGCUUUCGCAACAAGCGGGCCCCAGCUGUGGUGAUCAGCUCACAGGGGCAAUUGAAGAGCUUGCUACUACCAUGGACGACACCCCUGGCCUUAAUCAGGCUGCUCCCAUAUGUAGGACAUGAUGCAUGACCGCUAAGUUAUGUCAGCAACCGAUGCCACCCUAAACCCU